CCAGCCGGCGCUGCUUGCUCUGCUCGGGGAGGUUUCGGGGGGCGCCGGCGGAAGCGGAAGUGGCGGCGGGCGGGAUGGAGGAGCCGGAGAUGCAGCUGAAGGUGAAGAAAGUGACGGACAAGUUCACCGAGAGCCUGUACGUGCUGGCCAACGAGCCCUCGGUGGCGCUGUUCCGGCUGCAGGAGCACGUGCGCCGCUCCCUGCCCGAGCUGGCCCAGCACAAGUCGGACAUGCAGAGCUGGGAGGAGCAGAGCCAGGGAGCCAUUUACACCGUGGAAUACGCCUGCAGCGCCAUCAAGAACAUGACUGACAGCAGUGUUUACUUCAGGAGCAUCGACAGCCUGCUCAAACACUCCAUAGCCAUGAAGGAGCAGCUCAACGGCGCCCAGGGCCGCAGCACCAUCACCCCCCAAUCCAAGAAUCCUCCAGGCACUUCCUGAUUUUUCCAUCCUGAAUUUCCCAACCUUGGGAAGAAGUGGAAAAACCUCUGGGGCUGCACAGGUAGAGAAGCCCCUGAAUUCCCAGGGGAAAAAAAAAAAAAAAAAAAAACAGCUGGAAAAUCCCAAAUCCUGCUUUUUGGGGCCUCUUUUCCAUGGAAAAACAGGGUGGGUUUGUGUUUCACCUUCCCAGUUUUUUUUAUUUCCCCAAAAAAAAACAAAAAAAAACCAACCCAAAUGAGGUCUUGCUUUGGGAAUUUUGUGUGAAAAGCUGGAAUGUGAGCACACUCCAAGCUUUUGUUGAGGAGGAAUUCUCCAAGGAGAAACUUUUCCAGCUGGUGCCAAGGAAUUGCUGGGUUUGGUUUUAAUGAGGACAAGAAUAAAAAGGAGAAAAAAACCCCAAAAAUAUCCCCAAAAAAAAAAAAAACAACAAAACAAGAAAAAUUCCUUUUAAAGGUUUUCAACUUUUCUCCUGUCGCCGUGGGAGCUCGGAGCUCCUUUUUUAUCCUGGUUUUUCCAAGGGCAUGGAGGAAAAGAAUGUGGAAUUUUAGGCUUUCAAGGGAGGGAAAAAAAAUCCUUAGAAUCCUACAAAAAAAAAAAAAAAAUUAAAAAAGGAUUUUUUCCCUUGGUC